AUGGCCAAGCGAAAGACUCAGAGCAAGGCAGCGGUGCAGGGAAGCCGGUCGCUACUGCAGUCAUACCUUAACCUUCCAGCUGGUACGCGUCUUCGUCUGUCGCUGGGCUUCUUCGCCUUUGCCGGUGAAGAUGCUUUCAAGCCAGGGAAUGACCGUGUACUUGGCCUCCACAACACCGGUUCGAGGGGAUGGGGAUCUUCAGAUUGUGAGUAG